AUGCCAGUUUAUCACAUUGUCCUCUUCCGCCUUAAGCCCGGCGUCACACCCGAGCAGAUCGCCACCUGGAAGGAGAAAUCCCAUGGAAUGGUGGGGAAAAUUCCUGGACUGUUGUCGUUGAAGAGCGGUACCCCGUUGCCGAUAUCGAUUCCCCGUGCCCAGGGAUUCGAUAUGGGACUCGUUGCUGUUUUGGAGACGGCUGAGCAUGUCGCUAGCUAUGCGGUGCAUCCUGCUCAUUUGGAGGUUCAUAAAAUGCGAGAGGAGCUAUGCGAUGAUACUUUGGCCUAUGAUCUGGAGUUCUAG